ACAACACACUACUCGAAAAACCUACAACGCUGCUGCUGCUGCCGCUCCUGCCGCUGGUGUUGCUGCUGCUGCUGCUGCUGCUGCCGCCGAUGUUGUUGCCGCCGCCGCCGCACACUCGCACUCGCUCACUCACUCACACGCACGCAGUCCGUAGCGUCCGCCAGACUCUCUCGGUUAUUAUUUGUUUGGUUUUCCGUUUUUAACACUAUUAUUUAUUAUUAUUUGUAAUUAUAAUAAUAACAAUAACAGCAAUAAAAUAUAACCGAUCUGUUUUUUUAUUCCGUUUUUGUACGUCGUCGUUUCCGCCGCGUCAAUCGUGCCGUUGUGUUUUAGUCGAAAUAUAAUAUUUAAUAAUAUUAUAACGUAACAUUGUGAUUAUAAAUAUAUAUAUAUUUUAUAUAAAUUAAAAUUACCGCGUAUUUUCGGUUUAUAAAUAACACGACGUUGUUAUAUACACGCGUUUUUGUUGUUUUUACAUAAUAAUAUAACACUAUAAUAUAUCAUUGUUGCGUUCUGUUCGCAUAACUAUAAUACCGUCGCGAUUGCGUUAUAAAUCGCAUAAAUAAUAUUAUAUUUUGUAUAUAAUACCGUUUCGUAACGUGUAACGUCACUGUGUUACCCGACAAGAUGGCCCACGGUGCUCCGGACGAACCCGUCGGCAAGGUGGAAGAGAAGCGACCCAAGGCGCCAGUCGGGUCCAGGCGCAUAUUUCCUCCGCAGUUCAAGUUGCAGGUAUUGGAUUCGUAUCGACAAGACUCCGAUUGCCAGGGGAAUCAGCGAGCCACGGCCAGAAAGUAUGGUAUUCAUCGCCGUCAGAUUCAGAAAUGGCUGCAGACAGAGACCAGUUUGCGGUUGGCCGUCCAACAAGCUUCAGGUGCUUCCAAACCCCCAAAAAUUACUGCUAACGCUGUAACGGCGGUUGCUGUUGCUGCAGCUAUUGCGGAGACUACGUCCGGUUCAGAUAGUGAUGUCAAUGUAGAAGACUUAUCCGACACCGAAGACUCUGCUCUGGACUUGUCCACUACUUGCUUAGAUUUGACCAAGCGCAAACGCGAAGAAGAGGAACUCGAUCCAUGCAAGAGGCGACCUUUAGUACCAGUCACGUCUACUGAGCGACCUUUAUAUGUCAGCCCCAUCAGAUAUCCUUAUGUCGAUUAUCCCCUGUUCUACUGUUGGCCGCCGUGUUGUUACAGGCCACCGUGCUAUGUAGAGCGACCUGUACCUCAAAGACUGACUUGUUCAUUGGAUUUAAAAGUGUGUGCUUAUGAACCAAAAGAACCUUCACUUUUGGAUAUAUCGUACCCUCAACAUUGGAACAAACAGGACUACAGGUUUCCAAGUUCAGUAUGAAAUACCAUUGUGUUCAAAUGGGUUACGCUUGUUAUUCUUGCACUGUAAGUAUCAAUAAAUAUGAAGAACUUUUCAAAUGAUCUUUGCAACUGUUUGAAUUAAAUUGAAAGAAAAGAUAUUUGAAGUGUUAUUUAAUAUUAGUUCCAUUUUAUUAAAAUUUUUAGUUUAACAUCCAUAUCUUUAAUACCUACAAGGGUAUAGGGAAUUUAAAUUAUAUAAAUUGUUCGAAAAGAAAAAAAUGUAUAUUAUGAAUAUGAAUCUAUUUUUUUUCAAUUCAAUUUAUGACAAAUUCAUAUAAAAAUGACAUUAUAAUAUUGUACAGAAUCACUCUGUAUUGUAGUAUGUUUUUUUAAAUGUUAAGUCUAUGACAUAUACCAUAUCAAUUAAGAAUGUAUUGUUUGAAGUUUAGAACACUUAAGAUAUGUAUUUUAACUACUUAAAUAGUAUAGGAUUGGAGCAAAAACUUAUUUAUUAACCAUAUAAAACUUUGCAAUAAACCAUUUUCAAAAGACUUGAUACUAUAAAUUAUUUUAAAUUGUAAAAGAUUCAUUCAUUUAAAAUUUAAUUUUUUUAAUAUAUAUAUUAAAAUAUUAUAUAAUUAUUCUAAAAAAAAAAUGAAAUAUAUAUAUAUAUAUAUAUAUGUAAUAUAUACAAAUAUAAAUAUAAUAACAUGUUAAGAUUUAUUUGUUAGAGUUCCUAUAUUAAGGCUAGAUGUAUCAAAUAAAGCUUUUGAAUUCAUUUGAGAUGGCUCAAUGGAGCAAUUAAAACAUGUGCCAAAAAAUUAAGUUCAAAAAAAUUGCUCAAAAUUUGUUUGUCUUCCGUAAACUAAAUUAUUUAUUUUUUUUUUGGUGCUGUCAGGUUUUUCUGUAUUAUGUGCCUUAUAAUAAUUUAUCAUAAUAAUAAUGUUGUCGAUAAAAAAAAACAUAUGAAGUCUUCUAAGGACUGACUUCUUGCUCAAUUGAAUCUUGACUAAUAUUUAUGUAUUAUGAAUAAGAUUAUAUACUAUAUGAAUACUAUAAUUU